AUGGGCCAAAGUGCUACCUCAGCAGAGAUGAACCUGGAACAAGUUUUUCCGGAUGAUAUCUUGCUUGAAAUUUUUAGGAGAAGCGAGCCAAAAACAGUAGUGAGAUGCAGGGCGCUAGGUAAAGUAUGGAAUGAGAUAUUAUCUGAAUAUAGUUUUAUGAAGGAGAACACGUUUGCAACUAAGGGUAAGCACUUGAAUUUGCUUCUUCAGGUUGGUUUAGCUGCUUGGGUUUAUUCGCCAGAUAACAUAAGUAUGAUUGAUUGUGUCAGUGGAGCCGUCAUACCAUGUCAGCUGCCUGUUGAGAUUGAUCAAUCUGGGUGGUGGAGUGUUAUUGGGUCUAAAAAUGGGAUGCUAUGCCUGAGAUAUAGUAUCAAUGGUUUUAAUUCUGAGGUGUUGGUUUGGAAUCUGAUGAGCGGAUAA